UAAUUAGAGAACCCCUGCUCACGGAUUGUGGACCAUUCCUCCGUUCCUCCACAUCCAGGCGAGGUGAGAGCGGCGCAGAGCACCAGACGGACCGGAGCGGGUUAGUGUGGGUACACGGAGGCGCGUCACACUCACGGACUCUGUACAUCGCAACUCCAACACAAAUGGAUAUUUACGUGGCUCUGUUAUCCCUUUUCUUUUUUACCACACCAGCUUUGGCUUUCGGUUCAGAUCAAGACUACCAGAUUGAUAUCAUCAAUGAACUUGACCUGGCAAAUGCCACCUAUGGAAUUACCCAAGUGGCGGGUCUUCACAACAGCAGCAAAGCCUUCCUUUUCCGAGAUGUUGGGAGAGCAGUUCACGCCCCAGCACACAUCACAGAAAAAGUGGUACAGCUGUUCAGGAGUAAAAGUGAGUUUACCUUCUUGGCCUCCAUCCAGCAGAAGUCCUCCACGUCAGGAGUCAUAUUCUCCAUCCACGAGUCAGAACACAGCUACUUUGAGCUGGAAAGCAGCGGGGUGAGAGAGGAGAUCCGCUAUCACUACCGCUUCAAAGGCAAGCCACGUUCUGAAUCCUUCCCCUACCGCCUCGCUGAUGGCCAGUGGCACAAGAUCGCCCUUACCAUCAGUGCCUCCCACCUGCUUCUGCACGUUGACUGUAACAGAAUUUAUGAGCGGGUGAUAGACCCUCCCCAGAUGGAGCUCACCCCAGGCAGUGGAGUGUGGCUUGGCCAGCAUAGCCACAGACAUGGUCUGUUUAAGGGCAUUAUUCAGGAUGUGAAGCUGAUUUUUGCUCCCAACGGCUACAUCACACAGUGUCCAAACCUUAACCGUACCUGUCCCACCUGCAGUGAUUUCCUGAGCCUGGUGCAAGGCAUCAUGGACCUUCAGGAACUACUGGCUAAGAUGACCUUGAAGCUGAACUAUGCUGAGUCUAGGCUGACCCAGCUGGAAGGAUGUCAUUGCGAGAGGACCUGCAGUGCCAACGGUCUGGUCUACCGGGAUAAGGAGCUGUGGGUAGAACCUGAGAACUGCAGGAACUGCGCAUGCAAGAACGGUGUGGUCGAGUGUCGCAGGAUUUUCUGUCCUCUGGCAAACUGCUCAGAAGACUUGUUGCCUGUACAUGUGGAUGGAAAUUGCUGCAAGACAUGCAGACCAAAAUGUACCUACAUGGAACAGACAUUUUCUGAGGGACAGCGGUUUUUGUCCAGGAGCUGCCGGGAAUGCAAGAAUGGCCUGAUGGUGAAAGUCACAGAGACCUGUCCAGAUCUAAACUGCACCCUCAGUGAACAGAUCUUACCAGAUGGCAGAUGCUGCAAUGUUUGCAGAGGUUAUGACUUCUGCGCAGAGGGACUCAUUUGUGGGGAAAACUCAGAGUGUAAAAACAGGAAUACUAAAGCAGAGUGUGAAUGCAAGAGUGGCUAUGCCUCCAUCCACGGGGAUUCUACUUACUGUGAAGAUAUUGAUGAGUGCGCGACGCAGAUGCACUACUGCCAGUCCAACACAGUGUGCGUCAACCUGCCCGGCAGCCAUCGCUGUGACUGUCUACCAGGCUUCACCAGAGUGGACGAGUACUCUUGCACCGAGCAUGACGAGUGCGCCAGCGGCCAGAAUUUGUGUGAUGAGAACGCCAUCUGCACCAACACCAUCAGGGGACAUCUGUGUACCUGCAAGCCGGGCUACGUGGGCAAUGGCACCAUCUGCAGAGCCUUCUGUGAGGAGGGAUGCCGAAGCGGCGGGACCUGUGUGUCUCCCAACACAUGUGUCUGUCCCUCGGGAUUCACGGGACACCACUGUGAGACAGAUAUUGACGAGUGUGCAGAGGGCCUGAUUGAGUGCCACAACCACUCCCGCUGUGUCAACCUGCCUGGCUGGUACCACUGUGAAUGCAGAAGUGGUUUCCAUGACAAUGGCUCCUACCUGCUCGACGGGAGCUCCUGCAUCGACAUUGACGAGUGCAGUUUGCAGACACACACCUGCUGGAAUGACAGUGUGUGUGUGAACCUCCCAGGAGGCUAUGACUGUGUGUGCACAUCUGGUCCAGGCUGCAGUGGUGACUGCCCACAGGAAGAAGGAAUCAGGCGCAAUGGAGAAGAUUGGAAACCCAGCUUUGAUCGCUGUGCUGUAUGCUCCUGCAAGGAUGGGCAGACGUACUGCAGGCGGAGACCUUGUGACUGUGGAGACCCAGAAGAGGACCUGUUCUGCUGUCCUGGAUGUGACAACAGGCCCAGCAGCCAGUGUCUGGAUCAGAGCGGACGCACACUUUACCGCAGCGGAGCAUCUUGGCUGUAUGGCUGCCAGCAGUGCCGCUGCAUGGAAGGGGAGGUCGACUGCUGGCCUCUAGUUUGCCCCACGUUGAUGUGCGAGUACACGGCAGUGGCAGAGGGCGAAUGUUGCCCACGCUGCGUCACAGACCCCUGCCUGGCUGACAACCUGUCGUAUGACAUUCGGCAGACAUGCAAGGACCCCGCAGGCAUCGCCCGCCUCAGCGGAGACACAUGGCAUAUGCCCAAAUCACCCUGCACCACUUGCAAGUGCAAGAAUGGAAACGUUUGCUGCUCGGUGGAUCUCGACUGCCUUCAGAACAACUAAAGCCCUCCCUCCUCCUCCUCCACGUGCUGUCCUCUUCUUCUCCUUUCACUAUGGGACUGCCACAUCCCCUCAACCAUCUGACGACCCUUCCCCUCAGACAGACAGACAGACUCUCGCAUGCACAUGUGCAUGCCAGUGUGUGCACAAAAAAAGAAAAUUUGCAAACACACACUGGACAGACUGGGGUGUCGCGGCUGUGCUUUUAUGCUGUACCUCUGUCGACAAACAGCGACUGAGUGUGCGUGCGUGACUCAGGAGGAGACAGAGGCCCGAGUUGCUCUCACCACAGUCGCUGUGUUGUGUUUGUGUCUCUGUGUUCGAAUCCAUCCUUUCACGAAACGUCUUGAAACCUUUUUAAAUGUCUCAAACCCGAAACCAGAGACAAACAGCCAGACGGAUGCUGAGGGGCUCCGUCUGUCUACAUUUGCCUAAACACGGGCUCUUUAAUGCUUGGUCGCCUACAGGAAACUAAACAUCCAUUACUUUGGUAACCAAAAGGAAUGCAUCCACUUUACUGUGUUUUGUGUUACUGAAUCAGGAGGUAGUUCAGUGUCAUGUUACAAUGUUAUGAUGAAGUGGGGUCAGUUUUCAUUUCAGUACCAGAUUUUUUGUGGGUAGCGUUUUUUUAUUUCUGUCACGGAUAUUGUCCAUAUUGUGCUAAAAACUUAGCAAUAGCUUUUGGAUGUCCUGAUUUGUGUGAAAUCCAAAUGAAUUUACAACAUGUUGACCUCACGUCCUGGUGUCAGCAUGAUUUCCAUCACUGAUAUUUCCCAAAUAGUUGUGGACUACAUUCUUCUUUGACAAGAGUCACAUCUUGAACACAUCGUAAUAUAUACGAAUCUUCAUCUUUACAUUUUUUGAGUGGUUCUUUGGCAAAACAGGUAGAAGUAUAAACCAUGUCAGUGGUGCACAUUAGCUUUGCAUACAUCGUUAAUGUUUCAUCAAAACAUCUAGCUGGCCCUGGACCCAGAAACUGAAAUCUGCAAUAUUUGAGAGUCUAGAGCAGACUGAUAAUUUCACAAUCUAAAAACCUGUCAGCUAAUCAGCUGACGUAGACUUGGGGCAUAACACCCAACGGAUAAAACUUCCUGUGCCUGUUUGCCAAACAUCAUUUAUGAAUACUUAAAAUACGUAAAAAAAAAAUCAAUCAAUAAAUUUUCAGAUGAUAGCCAGUAAUUCUGAUUCUUAACUCAGAUGCAAGUACAACCUACUACAAGCUGAAGCCAGAAAAACUGUCCCUUGCCUACGGACUCUGAUAGGCAGGUAUCUGUUUACAGAGAUUAUGUAUUAAUUUAUAAUUCUCUGACACCGUCGGUCCCAUUUUAAAGGAUUUUCCGGAAAUAGCCAUGACAUGCAGUGCACCACCAAUAACGUUGACUCGCUUUUGAGCGUGGCUGCUUGGUACAGGUAUUUAUUACUGCUGGUAGAUGUAGCUGGAAAACAGUCCUGCUUUCAGUCAUCAAACCCUAUAAAUGCCACAUCUAUAUUAAACCGCAUCCCUGAGGCUCUGAACUGGGACAGACAACAUGUCUGUUCUUCUGAGCCACUUCAGUUUUCUAACACUCCCUCAACCACAGCAUCUCGUCUUCAAAUGAGGACGACUGCCAGAUGCCUACACUUAAAAACGGCAGUCAGGGUAUGAAAAGCAUCUGAAAGGUGUGUGGCGAUGCACAGUGGAUUCCUGCAGGCCAGAACAAGUGCCAGCCAUAGUCAUUGAUUAAAUCUGAGCUCGUGGAGGGUUGGACUUCUGCUGCGUCUCUCCGGGCUCCUCGGCUCUGCACCAUAUGGCACACCCGAGGUGGCAGGGACACAAAAAGUGAGCGCUGGAGAGGGAUGCGGAUAAUUAAAGCAUUGUCACGCAGGCCUGGAUUUGAUUAUGCCAGAAGGUCACCAAGUGCUGAAUCUGUUUACAGACAGCCAGGCUUAUUAAGGCAGGAGAGUCCGGUUCCUUUACUGCUACAGUUCACACGUUCAUAGCUACAAGGAUGCUCUAGUCUCCUGUUCCCCUACCCUGUCCCUCAGCCCUCAUCCACACUUGUCUGCACUGUCCUUAAGCUUUUCUCAAGAGUGUUAAUGUUGACCUAUGUCAGUCAGUAUCCCCCCCCGAGGAAAUUUUCAACACUAUUUUCUUUUCUUUUUUCUUUAAAUGAGUACUAAAAGCAAAUUAGUUUCAAGGCCACAACUUAUGCUGCAGUUAUAUAACAUGAUUGUUAUAUAACUACAGAAAUCUGAUGUGACAUGUUCACCCUCUGAUCAAAUAAGCAAAAAAAUUGUUAUGAGGUAAUCCUUUGUUGCGCAUCAACUUACCACUCAGUUAAUUUUUGGCAGCUGUAAUAAUAACUGGGGUUUCUUUUCAAAGUUCCGACAGUUAGGGCCUUCUCCCUCAAUUUCUCCUUCGUGUUUGAUUCUUCUGCACUCAGUCAGUGCAGAUAUCAGGACUCAUUUUCCUCCUUCAGAAGAAUCCAUUCGCUGUGUCAGGAUGAAAAACAGCUUUCAGGUUGAGAUAAUCCUUCACAGUGGAAAUGAAACUUUCAUUUUUUUUUUAAAUGUGAGGACAUGGAAAUCAGUUGGUGAGCUGCAAAAAAUCUACUUGUAUUUGCCAAGUUGGAGGUGUAAAGCCUAGUCCAAAAUACAUAACUUUUACUGCAGUUGUCUUAUCAAGACAAUAAUCCAUCGUCAUGAGUAAUCCGCUUGCUGUACCAUAUUUCUGUCAUAGCGGCAAACAAGAUGGUAUCGAGGAGCAGCUUGUAAACAGGUCUGAGACUGAAAUGAACAAAAUCCAAUGAGGCUAAAGGGCACCAAGGCAAGAAAUUGGAGAGGUACAUAGUCUAUAAUAAUGAAAUUGGCUCUUGUACCCAAAGAAAACAGCCUUGUCAUUUUCAUUUGUACAACUUUAGGAUAAGAGCAAAUGACUGCAAGUGCUGCAAAUGCAAGAGAUCCUGGAAAAGGCUUCAUUUCAAUCCAUAGGAUCUUCUCUAGGCAAGUUAAAAAAAAAAAAAGCAUUUUUCUGUAGAAAUCCUAGACUAUAAAGAAUACCAGAGGGAUUCAGUUUUAUUUAUAUUGCUCCAAGUCACAACAAGGCACUUUAUACUAUAAGAUAAAGACCCUACAAUAAUGCAGAGAAACCCCAACAAUCAGGUGGCCCCCAAUGAGCAAACACUUGGCAACCGUGGGAAGGAAAAACUCCCAUAACAGCAAUAAACCUCGAGCGGAACCAGGCUCAGGGAGAGGCAGCCAUCUGCCCUGACCCCCAGAAGUCUAAACCUACUGCAGCAUAACUAAGGGAUGGUUCAGGGUCUAGGUCAUUAGUUUUGUUGGUGAGUUCUUCCACCUUUGCCAUCUUGGCUUUCUUUAAACUGUCAGUGAGGAGUGGAUCUGCCUGUAAUCGAAAGAUACUAUACAAUAAGUUCAUAUGGAAUCUUUUCAGUGACAAGGUAUUGUACCAAAACCCAGCAAUUAAAACCAUGAACUCAUCAAUAAAAUGUUCACUGAGCUGAGGGCUGUUUUCAAAGAGAUUUCUGUACAACCAUCAGGCGUGUUGCAACAAGAUGACCCACCCCUUGUUUGCCAUUAAAAAAGAAUGCAGAAGCUGCAACCCACUUGCAUAGCAAUAUGACAACUCAUGGUAAAAUUGGGACAUGUUACAAUUGUUAUAGUCUGCACUGGCUUUAAUAUAUAUAUAUUAAAAAAAACCUUUUAUGGAAUUUAACUGGUAUUUAAAACAGUUUUAGGUAUGACCUCGCUUUUUGGAGUUGAGAGCAAUUAUUACAGCAUGUCCUCCUUAGCCACGCUGUCCUUGUAUCACCUCUCCUUACACUCUAAACACUCUAAUACCGAAAUUGUCAACUGUGGACAAAGUACACAUGCAGAAGGGGAAAAAAGAUGAUGUAAAUGUUAUCUGUACCCAUCAAAAACAAAAAAAAUCAAAGGAAACAAAAGCAGAUAAUUGUACAAAGUUUCAGAUUGCUCUGUUGACUGAUUUGAUAUGAACUAUGUCUACUAAAAACCACUGUUUGCAAACUGUGUGUAAGCGCUUUUACAUACUGACAAUGUGAUACAACUCUGCAGUUUUUUUAAAAUUCUCAUUGUGUUCAUGAAAAAUGUAUUCAUUUUAGUAGACUACAUUUCUUAUCUCGUGGGAUAGGCUCUGUUUUUGCUUGUAAAUACUGUGUAAAGGGGAAGGUCACUGUAAAGAGAGUAAGACUAUGAGGAUAAUUUUCACUACCACAGCUUCUUUGGAACUGAGCGUUGCAAGCUGAAUAUGAGAGAAGCAACAUUUCUAUUGUUUUUACUAUUUAUUUUUCUAUUCUUGCUCUAACCUGUUUAGUAUUGUAUCCGUCAUAGAUUCAUGUCUUUUCACUGUUUUAGAAUAACACGGUUUUGAUUAGCCUGUGUGUAUAUAUUCUGAUCUCUAAUCGGUGUCCCUUACUAAGAGUCGGCAGAGGUGGAAAUCAGACUCGGAAAUCAGAACCUGCAGAGAUAAGCGUAUUUUCUAGGCGCCAGGACAGGCUGCUCACUGCAUUCAUUAGCUUUUUUUUUUCUCCAACAUGUUUGUAUGAUCUGAAGUGAAACAUGACUUCAUGGGAAUCAGACAACAUAGAACUAUGUACACAUGUAAAGAAAAUUGAAAAUCUUGAAAAUGUUCUUGUUUCAGUUUCUGCUAAAAAAAAACAAACAAAAAGAAGAAAGAAAGAAGGAAGGAAUGGGGGGGGGCAUUGUGUUUUAUCCUUUUAUGUCUGACUUUUUAAAAAAAAAAAUAACACAAGUUUAGGACUUUCGAGCUCCUGAUGUGCCACUUCAUGUUUUAUAGUGGACUAUGGCAGAGGAAUCCCCUGGUCUGUUCACUGCUUACUCUUCAGAUCAGAGUGGCCAACCUAAUUGUACUCAAAGGGUUAAGUGUCAUUUGAAGACUGUGUUGUGAUAAGAAUUUGCUGUAAAAGAAAAAAAAAAUGAGUU